AUGUACGGCUUCCCACUGACACAGAGGAGGAGGAAAGAAUGGCUGGCUCAAGACCUGCAGGCUCAGGACCGGGCUCACCGCAUCGGCCAGCAGAACGAGGUGCGCGUGCUUCGUCUCUGCACCGUCAACAGUGUGGAGGAGAAAAUCCUGGCAGCUGCCAAAUACAAACUCAAUGUUGAUCAGAAGGUCAUCCAGGCGGGCAUGUUCGACCAGAAGUCCUCAGGCAACGAGCGCCAAGCUUUCCUCCAGGCCAUUUUACUGACUGAGGAGCAGAAUGAGGAAGAAGAUGAGAUACCCGAUGAUGAAACUCUUAACCAGAUGAUAGCCCGCAAUGAAGACGAAUUUGAGCUCUUCAUGCGCAUUGACAUGGACCGACGGCGGGAGGACGCCAGGAACCCAAAGCGCAAGCCUCGCCUCAUGGAGGAAGACGAGUUGCCUUCUUGGAUCAUCAGAGACGAAGCUGAGGUGGACCGCCUCACGUACGAAGAGGAGGAGGAGAAGAUGUUCGGCCGGGGGUCUCGAUGCCGCCGGGACGUGGACUACAGCGACACGCUCACUGAAAAACAGUGGCUGCGGGCCGUUGAGGAUGGAAACCUGGAAGAGAUGGAGGAGGAGAUCCGCCUGAAGAAGCGCAAACGCAAGAGACGCCAGGACAAGGACUCGUCGAGCAGGGAUGAAGGGGGCUCCAAGGCCAAGAAGAAACGUGGACGCCCACCAGCUGAUAAACACUCCCCCAACCACCCCAAAGUCACCAAGCAAAUGAACACCAUCAUCGAUACGGUCAUCAACUACAGGGAUGGGUAA